AUGGCGACCAACAAUAACAACAUCGUUGCCAACAAAACAAGAGGGAAGCAAAAGAUCGAGAUGAAAAAAAUUGAAAAAGAAUCAGACAUGGUAACCACCUUUUCAAAACGCAAGUAUGGAAUUUAUAAGAAAGUAAAUGAGCUAAUCACCCUAACGGGCAGUGAGGUUGGAUUUUUGGUCUUUUCUCCUGCAGGAAAAUCAUUCACUUUCGGUCAGCCUUCUUUCAAGGAUCUUGCACUUCGAUAUCUCGGCCGACAAAUAAAGCAGCCCCAAUUAUCACCUGACAAUGGGGAGAUGUUUAGGCAGGCAAGGAUCCAAGAGCUAAACCAGACAUACAAUAUGCUGCUCGAAUUGGUGGAAGAGGAAGAAAAGAAAGAUGCGGCGCUGAGGCAAAAGCUCAAGGGAAAGCAACUAAACAUCUGGUGGAACAAAACUGUUGAGAAGGUGGAGGUGGGUGAGCUAUCGGAUCUUGAAUCUGCCUACUCAGAACUGCUUAUGAAGGUGGAGAAGAGAAGGAUGGAACUGGUGAGCCCUCGAAAUGAUAUGAAUGGUUGUGUCUCCAGUUCUUCCUCUCAUUUUGUUGUGCACACUUACCAUCAAACAUUGAACAUAGGACCGAAGACAUCAUCGCUAGUUCAGAUGGUUGAUCAACGAACGAAUAUGGCACCUACAAUGAUGACAACUACACCUAAUUAUCCGAUGAUCAGAGAACUAGAUGGUGGAAUUGAAGCUGUACUUGAUCAUCCCUCAACUUCAUAUGGGGUUCCUCAUUCUUUUGAUUUUGGCUAUAGCCCUGACUCUCUUUAG